GUUAACACCGUUCCGGUUCAAUGGCUACAUCGAUUUUGUUCAAACCUAUAGCACUGCCAUCGAUUAGUGGCAUUGAAUGAAUCUAGAGCAGCAAUGAGAGUGAGACCUCAUUAUCCUUUUAGUCGUAACAAACGUCAUGGCCAAGGACAACCAAAAUAUUUAUAUGGAUUUCUUAAUAAGGACAAAUAACGGUUUAGAGCUUCUCUGGAUGUAAAUUGAAAUCAAUCACCAAAUGAGCUAAAAGUAGUCAAUUUACAGAAACUACCGAAAGAACACCAAGGCUAGAUCUAUGUCUUCACAAUGUAUAAACAAGUCUACUGGAGUAGCUCCGCAAGACGCAGUUUAAAGCUUGCACAUCAAAACAAGGGCAAGAAUCCUAUUAAACAAGAACAGCCUCCUAAAAAUGAUUCACCUUUGCCAGCACCCGCAGAGAGUGAAAAUGAAAGUUCAGUGCCAGUUGUCGCUGAGCCUGAAAAUGAAACACCAGCUUUCAAAGCUGUCAAAGAGGAAAUAACUACAGCUGUAAGAGGAUUGAAAGCCAUUCCAAAUUACUUAGAAGAAGACUGUGUGAGAUUUCUACAAGUUAUAGAUGAGAUCAGUAGUGAUCAUUUGUCCAUUCGGGACAAAAUUGGUGAUCUCUUAGCUGACUUAGAAUACCAUGAGGUUGUCCUGCAAAUUUUCAAACAGUUCAACAGAUUAGAAGUAAUUGAAACAGAGAAUAUAAAAACUUGGGUUCUGCUCUACUACACCACAACGAUUUCUACAAACUACACAGAUAGUAGUGAGAAGUUUAGUAUGUGUCUUGAGAAAUCUGAAGCUGUUGAGCAAUUGACAGAGUUGUUUAAACACACUGAGUAUGAUGACGAUUUGGAAAACAAUGGGCUAAAGUAUGGUGUGUUUACAAACAUCUUAAUCACCUUACACAAUAUAGUGAGAUUUAGUGGAAUCAAGUUUCAUUAUAAAGAAGCAAAAACUGCUGAGAAAGUCAUGCCAUUGAUUGGAGUGAAGAAUGAAUUUAUUUGUUCAGUUGCCAUGUUACUUUUAGCCUAUAUUAUUGACGAGGAUGAAAAUGACAAAAUAGUUGAUGAAAACAAUAUCAUCAUUUACAUUGUGACAUGGCUCAGUCAGUCUUUGGACCACCCUAGUAGAAGAGCUCGAGGGUUUACACCUUGGGAGCUGACACGGGGGCUGUCUAAAUUAGCAGUCAAUGAUUCUAACAAGAAAAAAAUUAUUGAAGCAAAUGCCCUCCCGGAGUUCAGCAAAAUGAUUUCGUUCAAUGAUGCAAGAGAAUUGGAGAACACUACUGAAUGUCUCUGGACUUUAUGCUUUGACAAAAGUGCACGACAGGUCAUUAAAGACUUCCCAGGCCUUGUCACAGCUCUAGACUCCUUGAAAAAUUCUGACAAUGAGAAGAUAAGGAAAAAUGCCAAAGGAGCUUUGUGGCUAAUCAAUGAAGAAAAGGAAGCCUCCAAAGUUACAGAUAAUGUGGGGGAAGACGUUGGUCAACAUAUAUUUAUCAGUUACAGUUGGGCGGAAAAAACAAAGGUGAAAGAAAUCUACAAAAGUCUAAAAUCUCAUGGUUUCAAAGUUUGGGUUGACUGGGAAAACAUGGGUGGAUCAACUCUUCAAGCCAUGGCAGAGGCUGUGGAAAAUGCUUCAGUUGUAUUAAUAUGUGUGUCUGAGAAUUAUAAGCUAAGCAACAAUUGUAGGCUAGAAGCGGAAUACACAUUCACCAAGAAACGCAACUACCUGCCUCUCGUUAUGCAAAAACAGUAUAAAGCUGAUGGCUGGCUAGGAAUCAUGCUUGGAUCCAAACUUUACUAUGACUUCUCUGGCAAAUACCCCUACGAGCAAUCAGAACAGCAAUUACUAAAAGCCUUACAAGAAUUAGAAAUUACAAGACCAACUCUAGAACCCAUGCCAGCCUCUAAAGAGAGUCAGAGCACUGUAUCAUGUUACAAGAUGACAAAUGCAGAGGUUGUAGAAUGGCUUGAGAAGAAAGGCUUACAAAGAUUAUCGUCUUUAUUAUACAACAUCAAUGGGAAAAUGUUGUGGGACAUGAAGCUGUUUAGUGAGACUGCACCUGAAUACUUUUUCAAAGAAAUAAAAGACCAAUAUGAACUAUCACUGGUUGAAGUCAUACAGUUUAACUCUGCUCUGAAAACUUUGCACUGAUUUUUGCAACCCUAGCUUAGGUUUUUAAAUUGACUCUUGCAAGGCUAGUUCUAAUCAGAAGUUGCUGAACUCUCAUGAAAACAAACAACAACAAAAAAACUUUGUGUAAUGCUAUUUCAUCCAAGAUAAAUUACUGCUAUAAUAAUAUAAUAAUAAUAAUAAUAAUCUUUAUUGUCCGUAUGGAAAUUUGUCUCACAAUUUGUGCAUUACAUUAUAACUAUAACAAACACUAUAACUAUAAGAAACCAAAGUGUACAUUCACACCAGACUCACUCAUAAUUUACAUGUGACAAAGUUUAUACCAGAUUGUUCUUAUUUAAUGAUUAGAUUGUUAUGUUGAAAUAAUAAAAGGCAUAUAAACAAAA